AUGACCUGCAAUGGCUGCCGAGUCCUUCGCAAGGGCUGCCCCGACAAUUGCACCCUCAGACCCUCACUUCAGUGGAUCAAAUCCGCCGACUCACAGGCCAACGCCACCCUCUUCCUCGCCAAGUUCUACGGCCGAGCCGGACUUUUCAACCUAAUCGACGCCGGCCCAUCUCAUCUACGCCACGAGACUUUCCGGUCGCUGCUCUACGAUACCUGCGGUCGGAUAAUCAACCCGGUGUACGGCUCCGCCGGCCUGAUUCGCGCCGGCNGGAAGCGGAGGCGGGGCAAGGGGCCUGCCGGAGAUGCGGCGGGGCUGACGGAGGAGGAGGAGGAGGAGGAGCCGAGGUUCACCAUCACGGGGUGGUCCGGCGACCGGGAGUAUGACCGGCUAGAUUUCGCGCCGGCGGCGGUGGAGAGGGCGCCGAGCCACGACUCUUUCUCGGUCGAGACGGUGGAGCCGAGCUUGGUGGUGGGCCAGGUCGAGGGGCCCGAUUGGGGGGUCUGGCCGGUGGAUCGGCCCGGGGAGAUUGGGCUGGAGCUGACCUUGGGCCGGGAAUCGGGCCGAUUCUAUGUAGCUGAGGUCCUUCUCGCCCUCGCGUACCUUCACAUGCUCGUCAUAAUCUACCGAGACCUCAAGCCCGAAAACAUCCUCGUCCGUGAAGACGGCCACAUCAUGCUCACGGAUUUCGACCUCUCCCUACAAUGCUCGGUCAACCCAACCCUCGUCAAAUCUUCCGGGCCAUCCCUCGACCCACCCCGCAUCUGGGGCCCGUGCGCGGGCUCCAACUGCAUCGACCGUUCUGCGCCGGGCCCUCGUGCCAAGUCUCGCGCUUCGGCCCGAACAUUCGACCUGCAGUAG